CACUGCGCCGUCAUUUUCUUGGACUCCAGCCACAUCUGCAGGGGAAUAAUGUAACGUUUUAAAAGUGGCAGGCAAUUACGUACUUAUUUUUAACAACUAUGAGUGUAAGUCUUAGCGAGCGACGUAUCGUAUGCCACGUAUUUAGCGAUUUUUUUUCCUAUUAGCCCAAGUGCUUUAAUGUGCAUCGUCGUGAACUUUUGAAUCAAGAACUGAAGGGCUGUUGCAUCAAAUGAACGAGUCACGGAUCCCCCGAGGGAUCUUUGGCUUCAAGUUACGUGCAGAAGCCAACAUGGAUCUUUGACACAUGAAUGCUUUGUUUUUACAUCUUGAUGUACCGAAUUUUGUUUGCUAAUUUUUCUUACCUCAGAAUAUAGCUGGGGUAUAGUCUACACAACAACGUUUCCAUAUCGCAAAGAUGGGAAAAUGUUGGACUAUGGCAAUUCUUUCACUCUCAUGUAUUUUCACUGUUGGCAUUGGCAUGCUGGUUUUAGUGUACAUGGACAGUCCUACAAAUUAUAUACACUACCAUCCUCCAAAAAUAAGAGCUUCUCCAAGAAAUAAUAAAAUAAAAAUCCCAGAGGCUUCGAAUUCGAUAAUGCCCAUCAAUGGCUCAAAGCAUUUCAUGGUGUCUGCGUUUAUCGACCACAGACUGGACGGGGUCAUUCGAGUCAUCAGCAUAAUCAACAGAAACAGUCUUCAGCCGCUUUACUGUGUUUACUGCAGCACUGUACAUGACUGCAGAACUGUUCAGGCAGAUGUCCAGAUACACACAGACCAUUUUAGCUUUCCGUAUGGUGCCUCAGAUGUGAUUUGUAAAGGUAAACACACGCAAGAUGCAACACAUGUCCUCAUAACAACUGAUGAGAAAGAUUCAGUUGACUCCAAGAUGGAGUAUCUGCCAAUUCGAAAUAAGGUGGCAAGAGAGACUUUCAAGUUUAACUUCACGAUUUGCAUCUCCAACCUUUUUGGCGACUACAACAAUGUACUGCAGGUUGCUCAAACUAUAGAGAUGUACAAGCUUCUGGGUGUACAGCAUCUGGUCAUCUAUGAAACGAAAUGUGGACCAGACCUGAAAAAACUCUUAAAACAUUAUGAAACAGAAGGGAUACUGGAGAUUGUUUCAUGGCCUAUCGACAAGUUUCUAAACCCGUCCUCAGGCUGGAACAUCAAUACGCACAAGGGUGAUAUCCAAUAUUAUGGUCAGUUAGUAACACUCAACGAGUGCAUUUACAGGCACAUGUAUCAAUCCAGGUACGUUCUCCUGAAUGAUAUUGAUGAGAUCAUCAUGCCGUACAAACACAGCAAUUUACCUCUUCUUAUGGAGGAUCUUCAGUCUGCUCAUCCCAAUGUUGGGGUGUUCCUCAUAGAGAACCACAUAUUCCCCAAAACACAGUUUGAGGACAGUGGGAAGUUCAAACGAGCAGAAUGGAAUAAUAUUCCAGGUGUCAAUAUCAUGGAGCACAUUUACAGAGAACCUGAUCGAAAGAACAUUUUUAAUCCCACAAAGAUUAUUGUCAACCCAAGGAAGGUGCAGCAAACCUCAGUGCAUUCUAUUUUGAAAGAAACUGGAGGUUGUUACCGUGUACCGUUUGAUGUAUGUAGGAUUGUUCAUGUGAGAUUCCCACUGCAGGGGCAUCUUACCAAAGACCAACUGUUUGUAGACAAAAGAGUCUGGGAUUUUGACCAAGAACUGAUACCGAACAUUGACCAGACAUUGAAGCUUUCUGGUCUCCUGAAUGUUUCCAGACAAAAUUUCUCUACUAAUGUAAAUAAAGCCUAAACUGUAUUGAAAUGUUAUAUUUUCAAAUAGGCCUAACUGUAGGCCUUGACAUUUUCUCUUAAAAUGAACCCAGUCAUAUGAUGACAGAAACAUUUUUUUUUUUCAUUGUAGCUACUCAUGGUGGAGCAAGUUAGUAAAAUAUAUGUUUAUAGCAACUUACCCCAUAAAACACGUUUUUUUUUGCUGCCUGCCCAAUACAAGAGUGUGUUCAAAGGCGUGUUUGUGACAAAUUAUUAAUUCUGCAAAAUAAAAUAGUGACUGCGAUACGAAAGAUUAUUGUAUUUACACUAUGUGUAUUAUAUGUCAAAUAUUUUUACAACAAGAUGUGAACAAAAGUUUCUAUGCAUCAAUAAAUAAAUAUUAAGUAGAUACACAUUGUUAUUACUAUUAUACAUGUCACAGGCCGGGGCGGCAACCAGACCUUGAACGCCCCCUUUCAAAGUGCACCACCCUGAGGGAGCCUGACCAGAGGAACACCACAGACAGGACAACGUGAUAAAAAAUAAAGAUGAGUUACUUUAUGAGGUUAAAAUACUUUCUCUAUAAAGGGCAUCAAUUAAUCUUUCUCUUCUUUAUCCCACAAGGUCCAAAGGAUAUAGCAGCUGCGGAGAGAAGAGCUCUCACUGGCGUCGACAAUGGAUAGUGAAGGAUGUGUGGUCUUGGAGAACUCCUGACUCAGAGAAAGCUGACAGACGGGCCACGUUGUGGUGAGCUGGUAUGCCCAGAGGAAGAGUGAGGAGCUUAUACUGGAGCAGAGGAAAAGAGCCAGCGGAGCCACAGUCCAGUCUGGAAGUGCAAGGUCUGUAGCAGGUGCUGGGGUCAAAGCAAGACAGCAAAUGGUCAAUAUCCAUGAUAAAAAAGGGAAGUCAUGUGGCAAGUACUUAGAAUUGUUCUUUAAGUAUUCAUGGUCGAUUUAAAUAUAGGUUUAAAAACAUUUGCUUUACUAUUUUUAAGGAAAACUUAACUGUGACUAGUGUGUAUACAACCAUUACCGGUACUUAAAAAGAUUUUUCAACGUUUCCACAUUUUUAAUGAAUUAUUUGAUCAGUUUUUUGGGGAACCACUAUUACUACUACUAUUAAUUUCUACUACAGUGACAAAUCGAAAAGGCACUUAUGGAUGAAUGAUUGUAGAUUUGGACUUUUUGACAGGAAGGCAGCGAAGGGUCAGGGUAAUGAAGACUUAUUGAACAUUUUAUACAUGUAUAUAGUGUACAUUUGUUCAACUUUAAAAUAAUUUAAUUCUAACUCAAUGUUAACUCAAUGCUAAUUCCCACUGUUAGCAAAUGGUACCAUGUAAAUCAACUUCUGCCCCAGUAAGUCUGGGAGGGUAAUCACAGAAAAUUUCCACUGUGAGCGUUUAAGUUGUUUAAAUAUGAAAUGAGGUCUGGCUAUAUAAUGAAAUGCAACUAGAGAUCAGGGCCUUUUCUGUAUUUCAGAUGAGCCCAUGAGGCUGGAGUCCGCGAGACUUUCAGCUUCACGUAGCCUAUUUCCUAAUGUCGGGUUCGUCUUCUAUUUAUUCCAGAAUAUUUCAUGUUUUGUAUUGAUUAUAUUUGAACUGUUGUUAAAUUUACCUGACAUUU